AUGGCAUCAAUGGGUUGCCUGCAGCGCGGCUCGUCUCAACCUGUCUUCGACGGCAGCCUCCGGUCGAGCCGCUUGAGCAGAACCAACGCCGCAAGAAUCUGCCAGGCCAGGCCAGGGCUCAGGGUUGGAGCCCAACAGCAGCCGAGCUCAGUUGAGACCGAGCCGUCACGCCGAGCCAUGCUAGGGCUUGUUGCUGCCGGGAUUGCAUCUGUUUCCUUUGUUCAAGCCGUGCUGGCUGAAGCCAAGCCGAUCAAGAUUGGACCGCCGCCCCCACCCUCCGGUGGACUGCCUGGAACCUUGAACUCGGAUGAGGCGAGAGACUUUAAUCUACCCCUCAAGGACCGGUUUUACCUUCAGCCAAAGACACCGGCCGAGGCUGCUGCUCGGGCCAAGGAGUCGGCUAAGGAGAUAUUUGCCGUGAAGGCCCAAAUUGACAAGAAGGCCUGGCCUUAUGUCCAAAACGACCUUCGUUUGAGGGCUGAGUACCUCCGUUAUGACCUCAACACCGUUAUUUCCGCUAAGCCCAAAGAGGAGAAGAAAGCCCUCAAGGACUUGUCUGCUAAGCUCUUCCAGACAAUCAGCAAUCUCGACCAUGCCGCGAAGAUCAAGAGCAGCCAAGAGGCUGAAAAAUACUACGCUGAAACAGUGUCGGCUCUGAAUGAUGUCCUGUCCAAGCUUGGUUAG